UACUUUACCGCUACUCAUUCCGAAUAUCUGAGGAGAGCCAUGGGUAUGUUUGAAGAGUUGCUAAAUAUCUACAAGGGAUACCUUUUGUAAACGACUAGCUCUACAAGCGUAAUUCGUUUAACUAAAAUGCGUUUUAAGUGUGAUUGGCAAACAGUUAAUGACUAGCAACCUUGCUGUCUAGUUAGCUUAUUUCAUCACUGACAAAAUAACCUGACGUGGAUCGUAAUGACAGACUCCAUGCCCCCUUUGUCAUCCCUUCGGCUUUUGAUUCCUCCUCUGCGGCUCAUGUCAGCCUUCAUGUGGCAUGUUGCAGAAGAGCAGAAACUAGAGCAUUAUGAGAAGCUGGAGAACUUUGUCUCUCUGGUGACGAAGAUGGUCCCAGACCUUCUUAGCCACAGGCAGAAAGCCACUCUGCUUAUGGGACUUCGUGCAAAGAUGUUGUUGGAGAUGUGUAGAGGGGAUCUACCUGUUGAUUCACAGACUGUCAAAACUCAUCUACAUCAAAUCCAAUCUUCUCUUCCAAAACCUAGACAUUCAGAAAUGGACAUUUUGCAAAGCAACUUGUUGAGUCUUAUUUUAAAAUUGUUGGAGGACCCAGUUAAAAAGGAAAAGUUUUUUCAGAGGGUGUAUCCUGUGAAAUAUGGGCCAGACUUUGACAAAGCUCUCCAGGUUCUGGUUUGUUUCUUCAUUUCAAGACUGGAACAGCUCCUCCCAAAACCAAACUUUAAACAAGUUGCCUCCUGGAUGAACAGUCCCUCUCUCUGGGACGAAUGUGAGCAGUAUCUCAGUCAGACAGAGGACCUUCAGCUUCUCCUACAGGACAACUGCCACAGGUCCUUGGAAAAGAAUGGUCUUCCGUCUGUAGUGGAGGACAGAAUCAUCGACUCCUUGUCACUGUCACCUACAGCUACUGCACACCGCAGUCAGAACGACAUGCAAAGUGAGCCGUGUUUGGACGCACAGAGCUCCUCUUCUCAGACCACACACCAAGCCAACCAGAAAAUACAGGGGCUUCUCCAGAACUGCCAAGAAGUUGACACAACCUCAGGUGUUGGCAAAGAUAAACAGAGGCAGUGUGAUAUUGAAGAUGAUGAUGAAUAUGAUGUUGGGACUGAACUUGAUCUGAGCGAAUAUGGGGGAAGGGAGAAGGAGAUUACAGAAGACACCAAUGUUUCAGAUUUUGCCCAUAAAUUUGAAACACACAGAGGAACACCUCCGACUGCUUCAGAGAGCUUUGAUAUGGAAGACAUCACUGUAGAGAAACCGACUCUUCCCGACACCUCUGGUCAAAACCAUGGUGAGACAUUGUCAGGAGGGGUACCUAUGGACACCACUUUACCUUCAGAGUUCUGCUCGACUUUUCCAGUCAACAGAAGUGAUCAGACCGUGCAGGAGACACCAGCUGGGACUCGUCAUGGCAACAGAAUGAACCGGAAUGCCAACCUGACAGUACCAUCCCAAACCUCAGCCCAGCAAAUAACUCCCUUGGUGCUCUCAGACACUUCCAACGACCAAGACGAUAGGAAUGAAGAGGAGCUCUCGCAGGGUGUGGCUGACUCCCAAGUUGUCUUUGAUUUGACAAGCAAGGGCUCUUCCUCAUCAACCCCCACUAAGAGCCUUGUGUCUCAGUGGGCCAAAAAGAAGAAGAAGAAGAAGAAGGAGAAGAAGAAAACGCACAUCAGCACUCCAUUCCAGUGCUCUCACUGUGGCCGGGAGUUUGAGACGCUUUCAGGCCUGUCGAGUCACAAGCGGGCCCAUCGUGACUGUGCGGAUUCAUCUCCUCCAUCCUGCUCUGAAGAGACACCAAAAGAAACCGAGGUGACUAUGGCACGGAUCAGACAAAGUGAGUGUGCGUUCUGCGGGAUGAAUAUCUCCACUGAGGAGAUGAAUAACCACCUGUUGACGCACAAAGGGAUCAGGCCUUAUCGUUGUAACCACUGUGACAAAAGCUAUGUUAACAGAUCUAGCCUUAAGGCUCAUGUGUCCAACCACACAGGUGAGAAGCCACACCUUUGCGAGGAGUGUGGCAAGAGUUUCUUUAGUCCCGGCUAUCUUAGGGCUCACAUGAAGAAUCACUCCGCUGAUAAACACCACUGCUGCCCCUACUGUGGUAAAUUGUUCAGCUUUCUGGGAAGCCUCAACGUGCACAUUUGCAUCCACACCGGAGAGAGGCCCUACUUGUGCUCAACGUGUGGGAAAAGCUUCCAGCUUGCGACAUGCCUGCAGGUGCAUGAGCGCUGUCAUACUGGGGAGAAGCCAUACAAGUGUGGAGUAUGUGACCGGGGGUUUACCACCUCCUCUCACCGCUUGGUCCAUGCACGGAUGCACACGGGGGAACGCCCUUUCUCCUGCUCCGUGUGCGGGAGACGUUUUUCACGGAAAUAUGACCACAAAAAGCACAUGCAGACUCACUCAGGAGACAGACCGUACAAAUGCCCGGAGUGUCGCAAGAGUUACACCCGCAUGUAUCACCUGAAGACACACAGAAAAACACAUAGGAAAUGAUUUCUGUGGAGGAAGGUUUUGUGACCAGAAAGCUAUGAUUGCAUGCGACAUGCUAUAUUUUAUUUUUGUUAAAUUAAAAAUGACCAAUUACUUAAAAGUUCUAGUCGGGCGCGCUUGUUCAAAAUGGUACGCCACUUGUGAAUUAUUUGCAUAAAACUUCCUAAUAGCAGAGCCCUAUUGCCUCUUUCCAUCAAAACAGAGCCACAGGGGCUCUUCCAUUAGAAAGUUUACCACGUACUGACUUAAUUUAGCCAUGUUUGUCUCUAAACCAUGUUCUUGGAAUACCCCCAGGUCAGUUGUUAAUUUUCACUCAUUAUUUGGUUUUAUGCAGUGCAAAGCUGUAAUGGUGGCUGCAAAUAUAAACAGUUUUUUUUUCUAGUGAUGCUCAGAAGUAAUCCCCCAUCAUCCAGAUCAAGGAAAGAUUAAAGGCUGAUAUGUGUGUAUGUUAAAUUUGAACUCUCAUUGCUUAGGCUACUUUCUCCCAUGGUGAUGUUGCAUACUUCCAAUUCAAAUAUACUUACAAAUGUAAUUAUUGUUGCUUUAUAAUCACAUAAUGAAAAUAAUAUGUUAUGUGAACGUAUAAGUGAUUUGCAUAAGAUAAGUAGAUAAACGAAGAAGUAAAGGACCAGAAAUGGAAUAGGAAAAACUUUGUCAGAAGUAUGCGAACUCGCCAAACUCCUAACCAGUAGAUGGCAGUAGUAAGUGUCAUUAAUACAAUGUUUGGUCAUGUAAAAAGAAGAAAAGAAAAUUGAAAUAA